UUUUGGCUCAAGGUUCCGAGGGGCCGUCGCCGGCCUCCCAGGGCUCUCUUCGGGCGUCUCUCGUUUCUGUCAGCUCUGCACAUCUGCAGACGGCAUGAUGAGCCUUCGCACGUCUCACAGCGUCGGCGCCCUGCUCCUGCUGCUGGUAGCGCGCGGCGCCCCGAGCGCCGGUCGCCGGCGAACGGGACGCUGGCCCGCCCGGCUGGAGGCUCGGCGAGCGGUCGGUCGCCCUCGCGAGCCGCAGGCCGAGUUCGGCAGGCGCCAGGCUACCAGCGGCGCGCAGUUGCUCAAGCUCUUGGCGGGUGAUGGGGUCGCCCACAACAAGUUCGGUGUUUCGGUGUCCGUGAGCUCCGACGGGGCCCGCGUGGUGGUAGGGGCCGGCUACUACUACUAUGACGACGAGUCCAUUCAGUUUGGCUCCGCGUACGUGUUCGACGGUACCACCGGCGAGAGGCUGCUCAAGCUUGUGGCGAGUGAUGGGGCCGUUUUCGACGAAUUCGGUUGGUUGGUGGCCGUGAGCUCCGACGGGGCCCGCGUGGUGGUGGGGGCCGUUGGUGACGACGACCAGGGCACCAAUUCAGGCUCCGCGUACGUGUUCGACGGUACCACCGGCGAGAGGCUGCUCAAGCUUGUGGCGAGUGAUGGGGCUGGAAGCGACAGCUUCGGUUACUCGGCGGCCGUGAGCUCCGACGGGGCCCGCGUGGUGGUGGGGGCCGUUGGUGACGACGACCAGGGCAACAAUGCAGGCGCCGUGCACGUGUUCGAGGGUACCACCGGCGAGAGGCUGCUCAAGCUUGUGGCGAGUGAUGGGGCUGGAAGCGACAACUUCGGUUGGUCGGUGGCCGUGAGCUCCGACGGGGCCCGCGUGGUGGUGGGGGCCUACCAAGACGACGACCAGGGCACCAAUUCAGGCUCUGCGUACGUGUUCGACGGUACCACCGGCGAGAGGCUGCUCAAGCUUGUGGCGAGUGAUGGGGCCGGAGAAGACCGGUUCGGUUGGUCGGUGGCCGUGAGCUCCGACGGGGCCCGCGUGGUGGUGGGGAGCCAUUUUGACGACGACCAGGGCACCAAUUCAGGCUCCGCGUACGUGCUCGACGGUACCACCGGCGAGAGGCUGCUCAAGCUUGUGGCGAGUGAUGCGGGCGCUUUCAACCUAUUCGGUUGGUCGGUGGCCGUGAGCUCCGACGGGGCCCGCGUGGUCGUGGGGGCCUAUGGUUACGACGACCAGGGCGGCAGUUCAGGCUCCGCGUACGUGUUCAACGGUACCACCGGCGAGAGGCUGCUCAAGCUUGUGGCGAGUGAUGGGGCCGAUCAAGACCGGUUCGGUUGGUCGGUGGCCGUGAGCUCCGACGGGGCCCGCGUGGUGGUGGGGAGCCAUUUUGACGACGACCAGGGCACCAAUUCAGGCUCCGCGUACGUGUUCGACUUCACCGAGGCAACAAAUGAGACGACCACCGCGACGACUACCAAGACGGCCACGACGACCACCGAUACGGGCACGAGUUCCGCGACGUCAAGCACUACUACCAUCAUCACUACAACCACCGAGACAACAACUGAGACGACCACCGCGACGACCACCGAGACGGCCACGACGACCACCGAUACGGACCACCAAGACGGCCACGACGACCACCGAUACGAGGCCGAUGCGACGACCACCACCGAGCCAUGGGGAUUAACUGCAGUCUUCGCUGGUGUCUUGAUCUUCUUCUUGUUGAUCUUGUAACUGUGGUUCGAACGGUUUCUCGGUCCUCGUUCUUCUAUCCCCAUCUCCUCCACGGCCGCCUGCGCGCAGGACCAGAACCGCCUUCUACUGUCGUCCUCCCAUUGCCGCUCUCGUCGCCUACAGUUUUAAUACAUCUGGUUUUGCCCAGCAGUGGCUCAAUACAUGUUGUCCGACUCUUGCGUAAUGCGCAAUAUACGUUACCAGGUUGCUUGCCAAUCUUCCUUGGCAGGAAUAAUGCAGUCUUAAUUGUGCAUCGCGGGCACAUUCGCAGCCGCCGGCUGCGUCUCACUGCCUGUGUGGUGCCAAUUUGUCCUCAUCAAGUGGUCUGAUGAAGUGCAGGUGUGCAGAUUCCCUGCAGCCCCUGCAGAUCGAUUAUUACUACUACUACUACUUCUAUUACUGCGGCUAUUACUACUACUUUUAUUACGACUGUGAACGCUGCUGUAUCUUUCCGAAACGGUUGCCUGCUGCAGUUGCAGCGCUGUUCAAUCACUCCAUCUUGCUGCAUGAGCGUUGCGCGACCGCGACGCACCAUCUCCGUGCGAAGCAGUGUGCGUGCGCGGCCGGUCCAUCCGUGCUCCGAGGCUAGACCUUGGCCUCCAGGCGGACAGGAUCAAAAUCAUCACCUUUCUCCCUCUCCCUUCACCCUGCCCCCUCCUCAAGUGUGAACGCUGCUGUAUCUUUCAGAAACCGUUGCCUGCGGCAGAUGCAGCACUGUUCAAUCAUUCGAUCUUGCUGCAUGAGCGUUGCGCGACCGCGACGCACCAUCUUCGUGCGAAGUAGUGUGCGUGCGCGGCCGGUCCAUCCGUGCUCUGAGGCUGCACCUUGCCCUCGAGGCGGACAGGAUCAGAAUCAUCACCUUUCUUCCUCUCUCUUCACCCUGCCCCCUCCUCGAGUGUGAACGCUGCUGUAUCUUUCAGAAAGCGUUGCCUGCUGCAGUUGCAGCACUGUUCAAUCACUCGAUCUGGCUGCAUGAGCGUUGCGCGACCGCGACGCACCAUCUCCGUGCGAAGAAGUGUGCGUGCGCGGCUCAUCCGUGCUCUGAGGCUGGACCUUGGCCUCGAGGCGGACAGGAUCAAAAUAAAG